UCCUCGAGCUAUAUUCGCGGGUUUGCUGCCAAUCCCACAUGUGCAAUUGCUUGGUUGUACCGAAGAUUGAGCACUGUACAGUACUUGAGGCAAGCCGCAUCUCUCGAUCGUUCGAUUGCGUGCCUCUCCGUCAGAGCAAUCCUGGGAUGCUCUCGAGUCCCCAAGCUACGCUGACAAAACUGGCUCCGUCGGGGAGUGCGGAAUGUGGGUUUGGCGUUUGCAACCUGACCCGUCGUCUGAUGAGUUUGUGAAGGAUGGACUCAUUCUCCCGGCAGCUUCUGCAGCGGGGAGCCCAAGCCGAUGGAAGCGAGUGCAAGGGUGGGCUGCAGUUACGAGGGGGACAGCUCUUUUUUUCACACACUCGACUCGACUUUGGCGUCGCCUGGCUUCUCAGGCAACCCUGCUCACACGUGGAGCGCCUAACCGGCUACCUGUAGCGCAUCUGGGCAACCGGCGCUUUUCCCGCGACCCUCAGACUAGGCACCUUUGCAGCGUUGGAACCGGGAAGCAGCAUACCUGUAUAUCACAGAACUACACACUUACUGCUCCGUUCUGCGGAGUAAUGGGGUCGGUACUCGAUGCUCCCCUCCCUCCCGAUCGCCGUUAUACACUAGGAUACACCAAAGCAACCGUGUCCGCAGUCAUGGUCUUCACUAACCGGGACCCGAUUAGCCGGUGGAGUCGUCGUGUCCGUUUGCGAGCACGACCUCCAGUCCUCCCCCAAGCAGACUUGUUCGCAGUUCACCACCUCUUGCAUCUCUUCGCCGUUUGACGUUUCACCGUGGCUGAUGUCUGCCUGGGCUUGUGUGCUGUGAGCCGUCCUCGCUCCAGU